AUGGACCAAGAGAGCAUACUUUCCCCCUCUAAUUGGCCGCUCCUGGCUGCAUUCUGCGUUCUGCUAGGAGUGGCCCUAUAUCCUAGGAGCCAUGCGAAAACGGCACCGCUCCCACCUCAACCGAAAGGCAGUCCCAUUCUAGGAAAUCUGUCGCAAGUCAUCGCGGCCAGCAAGGAGAGCCUCCAGCAUCUGCUGAUGCAUCGCUGGGCUCGCGAGCACGGCGAGGUGUUUCGCGUCCGCCUCGGCCCGGAAAUCAUGGAUCGAUCAUCGGCGAUAUCGUCGGAGCGGCCCCGGUGGAUUGUCAGCAACGAACUCAUCUGCAACCAACUGAAUGUCCUCUUGCUCCAUGGCAGCGACCCACGGUGGAAGACCCAGCGACGCGUGAUCAACUCAUAUUUGACAAGCGUUGCGCGGGCGGACGCUGGGAUACCGCUCCUCCAUUAUGAAACCGCUAGGUUCUUGCACGACAUUGCGAAUGAUCCCAAGGCUGGUCUGGAUGGGACUCGGGUUUUGAGGUCGCUUUCUCGCUAUACGUACAGUGCGUUUGCGACGCAGACCUUUGGAAUGGAUAUACCGGAUGUAGAUGAUCCUGUCAUUGACUUUAUUCAUGAGACGGGCCUGGCCCAGAUACUGGGAACAAUCCCGGGAAUGCACAUGGUUGAUAUAUUCAUGUGGCUUAACCAUCUACCGCUCUUUCUCAAGCCAUGGGAGCGAGAUGCCAGGCGGAGAUUCAAGCGGGAUCUGGAGUGGUGUCUUACGCGCCUGCAGAAGGUGAAAGACCCUGAAUUCGCUCGGCGAUAUAUGGCCGAUGCCUUCCUCCCUUCAGUUAUUCGAGCACCCAAUCGUGGCGGCUUUGACACCGAAGAAGAGGCAGCGUACUUGGCACUUCAGCUUAUUAUAGGCGCUGCGGACACGAGUCAGAUCUCCACCUGGUCGUUCCUCGAGGCGAUGCUGCAGUACCCGGAUGUUCAGCGGAAGGCCCGGGCUGCGAUCGAAGCAGAAGUCGGCGAUCGCCUCCCAGAGUUCACCGAUCUGGCACGCAUCCCCUACAUUCGGUGCGUUAUGAAGGAGCUCUGGCGAUGGCGCCCCCCCGUGGCCCUCGGCCAUCCGCACGUUACGACCAGCGACAUCAUAUACAACGGGCAACGUAUCCCAAAGGGCGCCCGAUUGCAUCUCAACGCAUGGGCUAUUUCCCACGAUCCGAAACGCCACGAGGACCCAGAUCGCUUCUGGCCCGAGAGAUAUGCCGAUGAUCACACUACGACAAUGCAGAGUAUCAACUCUCCCGACGUGACGAAGCGCGAUCACUUCGCCUUUGGCGCGGGACGUCGCAUCUGCCCCGGUUACCAUGUUGCCGAGCGCUCUCUCGCUAUCGCCAUGAUGCGUAUCCUCUGGGCCUUUGAGAUCAAUUGGGCGCAGGGGACACAGAAGCCCGUCGAUCCGAUAUCCUACACGCGCAGCUCUGAAAUGCCCGGGAACCCUUCGUCGCGACUGCCCGUCACACUGCGCAUUUUGAACCAGGCUAAGGCGGAUAUCAUCAAUCGCACGUUUGAAAAUGCGAAGCGGGAACGUCUACCGAUUGUGAGUGUUGCCUCCUCUCCUGGCAUGGCAAUCGGUUUCGCUAAUCAAUUCGGUAUUCGGGGGUAUUAG